GAUUAAAGUGGAGCUGCUACCUGUCAUAUUUAUUUUGAAAUUACCAAAAGUUCAGUUCGAUCGAGAUUUCUGGUAAGGAUUCGAGGGCCCCCUGAGCUUGAGGGCCCCGGGGCACUGCCCCGCCUAGCCCCUGGGUAGCUACGCCACUGGGUGGUGGUUCCUACCCGUGCGGACCCACAAGAGGUCCUACCACCAGUAAUUACCCAAAUUAUAAUUUUGCGGGUUUGAUUUUUAUUACACGAUGUUAUUCCUUCACCGUGGAAAUCAAUCAUGAACAUUUGUUGAGUACGUAUUUCAUUAGAAAAAUUGGUACCCGCCUGAGAAUCGAACACCGGUGCAUCGCUCAACACGAAUGCACCAGACGUCUUAUCCUUUAGGCCACAUCUACUACAAAUUUAUUCUGUUAAAUGUACAUAAUAUUAUGUACAUUUAUGUUAUAUAUACAUAUAACAUAUUAUGUUAAUAUACGUAUUCUAUUUGAUGAAAACCACUUAAUAAUACGGAACGAAAUGAAGUUAAUUAAUUUGAAACUAAUUAAUUGCUUUGAAUGAAAUUAAAUUAAAUGAGAGGAGAUCGAACGAAAUAAUCUCAAUAAAAUUAUGCUUAUUUACGCACACUAGUACUAAGUAGACUUUUUAGAAAAACACCAGAAGCUACGUCCAGCGGCUUUGUUUAAUUUUCACAGAUGGCAAAUCAACUACCGAUAUUACACGCUGAAAUCUAAAGAAAUACUGAAUAACCAAAAUAAAAGAAUUUACCGCGCCUCGUGUUUCCGUAAAAAUGUUGAUUUCACCCUUUAUCAGGAAAGUUUAGUUUCCAUUCCCUGUCUGAUGAACGAAUAAAACGCUGGUUUCAAAUUUGGUACUGCCAGAUCAUUAUAAAAACGAACUGCUAGAAAUUUUAUGGAAUUAUCGUUAAAUAUCGAGAAUUAAUUUAACAGCAUGUCAUUUGUUUCGAAUGAAAUACCAGAAGGGAUGAUUUUAUUUAUUUAUUAAUUUGACUCACCUAGAUGAACAAUUUCUUGCUUGCUUGCGAACAAUUUUCAAUCGUAAAAAUAUUGUUAAUAAUCAAACGCCAUGUCUCGCCAUGUCACUGUAAAUUAGGUUUUUCGAUUGGUAUCAUCAUACUGUCAUGUCAGUUAUGCCACCAAUCGCAUCGAUUCAAUAAGAAUCAAAACACUAUUUUAUAAACAGGGGAUGCGUUAAACUUAUUUUGUUACAUUCAGUAAGUGACAAUUAGAUAAUGUUAGUGUUCGUCUGGUUUCUUUAUUUUGAAGUAUUUUUAUUUAGAACGUGAGUUGGAUUUUUGUACCACCAAUAAAAUUAGAAGAAUACAGUGAAACGAUGGAGUCCGAUAUUCUAAAUUGGGGUAACAAAGAAGUGGAAGAAUUAUUACAUAAAGAGAAUAUUUCCAGUUGUUUAAUAGAAAUAUGUAAAACGCACGAUAUAGACGGACCGUGCCUGCUAUCGUUUGUUGAUCGAGAUUUCCAUACGCAUCCUUUCGAUCAAUUGAAACUUGGUGAAAGAAAAAGAUUUAUUUUACUCGUGAAGAAACUACAACGACACAAUCGCUCCGCUAUGAUGGAGCUCGGUCUAUGUGAUGACCUAAUAAAUCCAGCUACUAACAUUAAUUUUCUUGGCACUAAUUUGUCACAUUUAAGUUAUGAUCUCCACAAUAAAAUUCCAAAUGAAUUAUCAUUUGCUGGGAAUACCGAAUGUGUAUCAAGCUAUCCUCCCGCUGACAUAAAGGCUUCCAAGUUAAGGCCAGAGGUUUGGAAGACAGCUAUAGCUUUGGGUUAUGUCUUCCUAGUGACUUGGGUAACUGCAGUUGUGAUGGUUAUAGUACAUGAUAAGGUGCCGGACAUGAAGAAAUACCCUCCCCUGCCAGAUUUGUUUUUGGAUAAUGUACCGCACAUUCCAUGGGCUUUUGACAUGUGCGAGAUUACAGGCUCCUUACUUAUGGCAAUAUGGUUGAUAGUGCUAUUUUUCCAUAAACACAGAUUCAUAAUAUUAAGGAGAUUCUUCGCGCUCGCCGGGACGGUAUUCCUGCUGCGUUGCUUCACGAUGCUGAUCACUUCGCUCUCGGUUCCCGGAUCGCAUCUCAAGUGCGAACCUCGUUCGUAUCCGCCAGCCGACGAGAUGACAGUGUGGGGCAGACGACUGGCACAAGCCUAUGACAUAUGGAGCGGAGCCGGCAUGUCUGUCAGGGGGGUCAGGACCUGCGGAGACUACAUGUUCUCGGGACAUACAGUCGCUUUAACGCUGUUGAAUUUCUUCAUCACUGAAUACACAUCGCGAAGUCUGUACCUCCUCCACAUCCUGACGUGGGUCAUGAACAUGUUCGGUAUAUUCUUCAUCUUGGCCGCCCACGAGCAUUAUUCCAUCGACGUGUUCAUCGCGUUCUACAUAACCUCGCGUCUGUUCCUGUAUUACCACACGCUGUCGAACAACCAGGCGCUUAUGCAGAGCGAUUCUUCCAGAACCAGAAUAUGGUUUCCACUGUUAUCGUUCUUCGAGUCCGAAGUGGACGGUAUCGUUCCCAAUGAAUAUGAGGGACCGGUGACCAUAAUGCAGAACUUGAAGCAGUGGUGCGUGCAGAUGGUGGCCGACGUCAAAGAGUCCUCUGUGGCCAAGAUCGCCGGCUCGAAACUGCAGGAGGGCGCCGCUAUGGGGGAGUACUCCGUCGUCAGGAUCGUCGACGGCAUCAAGAGGAACCUGAGCCUCGUCGAAGAGUUCAAAAACUCCCGGCCGCGACUGGUCACGCUCGACAAGAACAUACAGGCUUGUUUACUGGACGAGUGCUCUGACCACGAAUUACGUCACAGAAACAUUGAACUUCCAAAGGAUUCGCUCCGAAAAGAAUUCGGCGAUCCGCCGUCGCCAAUUUUGAAAAAAAGUAUAUGAAAUACGUUUUAUAUGUAAUUAUUAGUUUUAUUUAUUUAUUGUGUCGUCGUUUGUUCUAUGAAUUAGAUACCUGAAUGUUUUACAUUUCCAUUAUAGAUUUUAUAUCAUGUUAUUCCAUAUUUAUUUUAAUAAUGUUUUAAGCUAAACGUAGGUUUCAAUUUUUAAGACUAUUUAUUUGCUCAAAAUGUAAUUUUGAAUAAAAUAGAGUUAUGCUUUAGAAUA